UACGCUCUUUUACCCCCCCCCCCCUCUUUCAUUUACAGCACACACACAUAUCGCCGAUGACCGAUAAUCGACCAGCAUGAUCCGCACACUCUCCCUCGCGUGCAGCGCGCUGCACCUCCUCAUCCUCCUCCUGGCCACAUCAACCGCGGCCGACAACUUCCCGUACGUGGGAUUCCGGACGGCGGCGUUCCUACCCCCGCAACUCAAAGUGACCAAGACCGGCGCGACGGACCCGGGGUACAUCUUCGUCGGGCCGCGGGGCAACCAGGGGCUGGGCACGGCGGCGCUGAUCUACGACGAAGAGGGCGAACUGGUGUACGAGGGCCCGCCGGAGGUGACGGCCAACUUCCGGACGCAGCGGCUGUACAACGAGGAGGUGCUGACGUUCUGGGCGGGGGACAUGACGGACCUGGGGUUCGGGUACGGGACGGUGCACAUCCUCGACAACACGUACCGCGAGAUCUACACGGUGACGCUGGGGGGCGACUUCGUGUCGCCGUUCACGGAGCCCCGCGACUCGUACAUCGACCUGCACGAGAGCCACAUCACGGACCGCAACACGCUGCUGGUGACCGCGUACAACGUCACGCAGCACGACCUGACGGCCGUCGGCGGCGCGCCGGACGACUAUAUGCUGGACGGCAUGUUCUUCGAGAUCGACAUCGCCACGAACGAGAUCGUGUACGCGUGGAGCGCGCUGGACCAUCUCGCGGAGAUUCCGCUGGAGGGCUCGAAGCAGGGGCUCAGCGCGGAGUAUGGCACCAAGGAGAAGCCGUGGGAUGCGUAUCAUAUCAAUUCGGUGGAGCUGAUGGAGGAGGGCUAUAUCAUCUCGUUGCGGCAUUACUGGUCCGGCUUCUAUGUUCAUAAUAAUGGCACGGUGAUGUGGCGGCUAAGUGGGGAGAAGAACACCGGCGACUUCGAGAUCGACGACCAGGCGGUCUUCUCGUGGCAGCAUGACAUCCGCGUCUACAACCAGACGGCCGAGGGCAUGGUGCUGAGCCUGUUCAACAACGCCAACACGCCGACGGAGACGGUGGCGGCGACGACGGGGCUGAGUUUCUACGUCGACCUGGUGCAGCACAAGGUGUCGACGCUGCGCGCGCUGUCCGACGCGGGGGACGUGAUCCACAGCGUCAGCCAGGGCAGCUUCCAGCUGCUCAGUCCGGAGUCGUCGCAUGUGGUGCUGGGGUACGGGUCGAUCGCGCGGGUCAAGGAGUACGACGCGCAGGGGCGGGCGGUGAUGACGGCGCAGUUUGGCGAGGACAACGCGGUGGCCUCGUACCGCGGGUUCAAGUGCCAGUGGAAGGCGACGCCGUUCUGGCCGCCGGCGGUGGUGUCGAUCCGCACGUCGGACGACCAGGCGACGGUGUCGAUGAGCUGGAACGGGGCCACAGAGUAUGACAACUGGGCGAUUUAUGGGGUGGUGGACGGGGAGGCGAGCUUCGUGAAGAGCGUGCCGCGGGCGGGGUUCGAGACGACGGUGCAUUUGAGCGGGCUGACGAGUCGGUAUAUGCAGGUGGUUGCGCGGCAGGGGAAUAUCCCGCUGGGCACGUCGGCCGUGAUAGAUGUGUAGGUGGUGUAUAUAGAAUAGCUGGAGCUAGACUCGCUGUAUUGCACAUCAGGACUGUUUACCUUCUUAUUGAAUAGAC